UCGGCGAACUGUUCAACCAACUAUCUUCCCGAUCUUUCUGCCUGUUUCUUCAGAGAGUGAGAUACAACGGGACUUAAAGCGCUUGCAAGAUCAGCCCUUUAACCAAUUGGGUUCAUUAAGGAAGAGGAGAAAGAAUUUCCAACUCAUACGAUAAAGGUUGGGGAAGAACUGGAACCAGAUAAGAGGAAGAAGUGUUGUGGAGUCUAGUUAACAUAUUAAGGGCGUGAUGGAGAUAUCACUGCUGAAAAUGCUUCUCAAAAAUAUAUCUAGUUUCUUUCAUCUGCCAUGCCAUGAACACAGAAACUCUGAAAUUGUUGAAAAAUACUACCAUAAGAUUGAAGAAAUUCUGAAGUUAAUCAAGCCAGUACUCGAGUCUAUUGUUGAUGCAGAAGUGGCUUCUGAUGAAUCACUACAGAAAGAAUUUGCAGGCUUGAGUCAAUCUGUUGAUGAACUCCGGGAGCUUCUAGAAGAUUGCCAUCCGUUGAUGAGUAAAGUUUACUUUGUUAUGCAAGUUGAAACAUUGUUUGCAAAGGUUCGGGUUCAAAGCCUAGAACUUUUUGAGCUGCUGAAAUCUUCUUCUAAAGGUCUUCCUGCUGAAUUAAGUUCUGCAUCACUUGAGCAAUGCAUACAGAAAAUUAAGCAUAUGGGUUACGAAAAAGCGUCGGCUAUUAUUUCAAAAGCUAUAAGGGAUCAAUCAGAGGGAUCUGGACCUAACGCAGAUAGCAGGUCAAAAAUUGCCGAUUUUCUUAGCUUGAGGUCAAAUCAAGAACUUCUAAUCGAGGCUGUUGCCCUCGAAAAGUUGAAGGAAAAUGCCGAACAAGCCGAAAAGAUUGUAGAUUUAGAGUGUAUCGAGGAAAUGAUUGCUCUUGUUACCCACAUGAACGAUUGCUUGAUUGAGGCUAAACAAUCGCAAAGCUGCAACCCUGUUCCAAUACCUCCAGAUUUCUGUUGCCCGCUAUCACUUGAACUGAUGACCGACCCUGUAAUUGUAGCUUCUGGACAAACAUAUGAGCGGGCAUAUAUCCAUAAUUGGAUUGAUCUUGGGCUUACCGUUUGCCCUAAGACAAUGCAAACGCUCGGUCACACUAAUCUUAUUCCUAAUUACACAGUAAAGGCACUGAUUGCAAAUUGGUGUGAAUCCAACAACGUUAAGCUGCCAGACCUUGCAAAGAUCACGAGCUUGAACAAACCCAGUUCGCCCAGAUCGACAUGGACUGUGGGUUCACCGAAGAACUUAAUUGUGUCUAGUGCGACCAAUCAGGAAGAAGCUUCUAUGGUGCAUCAUGUCCAUUCAUCUUCAGAGGAUUCCAUAACUGGAAAUAGGCAUGAGUUGAACAAUAAGAAUGACAAUUUGGCUGAAUCUGAGGAGAGAAGUUUGGAUUCAGGUGGACCUUCAGCCAGUGGUGGAGUGGGUGAAGGGUCACUGGAGGGCCAUAAGAGGAGUACUUCAACUUCCGGCUCACCUAUCAGUAGACACUUUUCUCAAGAGAUCACUCAUGAUGCAAAUGAGGAAUCUUCGCCAGAUUCAGCAGCAGCAAACAACGGUGAUGCUUCAGGGGAGGUGGCGGCAGAGCCUCAGCCCGCCAUUACUACCGCCAUUCCUCCACAAAGGGAGCAUGAAUAUUCACCUCGACUCGGACAUAGAUCACGAAAUCAAAUAUGGCGCAGACCAUCUGAAAGAUUUGGACCAAGAGUAGUUUCUUCUUCAGCUACUGAAACGAGACCCGAUCUCAGUGGAGUUGAAACCCAAGUCAAAAAGUUGGUUGAGGAUUUAAGUAGCACUUCACUUGAUGCAGUAAAGGAUGCUACCGGUGAACUCAGAUUACUUGCGCGCCAUAAUAACGAUAAUCGAGUUGUCAUAGCCAACUGUGGUGCCAUCACCUUAUUAAUAAGCCUGCUCCGUUCAGCUGACCAAAAAGUCCAAGCAAAUGCAGUGACUGCACUUCUGAACUUAUCGAUAAACGAUAACAACAAAACCGCCAUUGCAAAUGCUGAUGCAAUCGAACCUCUGAUUCAUGUUCUGGAAACGGGGAGCUCCGAGGCAAAAGAAAACUCCGCUGCAACUCUUUUUAGUCUCUCGGUUAUCGAAGAUAACAAGAUACGGAUUGGCAGGUCGGGCGCGAUCCGGCCCCUGGUCGAUUUAUUGGGAAACGGAACUCCAAGGGGGAAAAAGGAUGCAGCCACAGCUUUAUUCAACUUGUCAAUAUUUCACGAAAAUAAGGCCCGGAUUGUGCAGGCUGGUGCCGUGAGGUAUCUUGUGGAAUUGAUGGAUCCUGCGGCUGGGAUGGUUGAUAAGGCGGUCGCAGUUUUGUCGAAUCUUGCAACGAUUCCCGAGGGUAGAGCAGCUAUUGGUCAGGAGGGCGGCAUACCGGUGCUGGUUGAAGUGGUCGAGUUGGGUUCGGCUCGAGGGAAGGAAAACGCUGCUGCCGCCCUCCUACAGCUCUGUACCAACAGCAGCCGGUUUUGCAACAUGGUCCUUCAGGAAGGCGCGGUUCCACCAUUGGUCGCUUUGUCUCAGUCCGGUACCCCAAGAGCGAAGGAAAAGGCUCAGUCACUGCUAAGCUACUUUAGAAACCAGCGCCAUGGGAACGGUGGGAGAUGAUUGAUGGUUUUGAGGUAMGAUUUGUAUACGAUGUAUGUAUAUCUUAAUGUUGCAAAUAAUAAUAAUAAUAAUAUUGCAUUAUUGUUAUUAUUAUUUAUUAUUAUGAUUCUCUUAAAAAGAAGAAAAAUAGAAACCAAAAAAACGACGUAGUUUUUGUACUUUUGGGAAGUUCAUACCUUUGUGCUUAAAUUUAGUGUGAGUUUGUUUUUGUUGCCUUAUAAUCUUCGAUAUGUUUUUCAUUCU